AUGUUCCUAGUCUCUCUGGACACCACCAUCAUCUCGACCGCCGUUCCUCAAAUUACGCAUGACUUCAAAUCCACUGCAGAGGUAGGAUGGUACGGCUCCUCGUUCCUCCUGGGCAGUGCCGUCACUCAAGCCCCGUGGGGCAAAGUCUACGCAUACCUUCCCCUCAAGCUCGUGUAUCUGGUCAGCCUGGGUUUGUUUGAGGUCGGCUGCCUGAUAUGCGCGGUCUCCCAGAACUCGCCCACGUUGAUCGUUGGGAGAGCUAUCGCCGGUGUGGGCGGCUCCGGCAUCGGUUCAGGUAUCUUCACUAUGAUUGGGGUUUGUUUUUCGCCCAGAAAACGGCCGAUUUUGAUUGGCAUCAUCGGGCUUGCCUUUCUACUGGCGAGCUUCGUGGGACCCGUCGUUGGCGGCGCGUUCACCAGCCACCUCUCCUGGCGGUGGUGCUUUUGGAUAAAUCUCCCGGUGGGAGGGUGGACCUUUCUUCUAGUCCUCUUUGCCUUCCGCACGCCGUCCUUUGCGGCGCCCCCGAGGGUCCCGUGGAAAGAAGCACUUCUACAACUCGACCCCGCCGGGGUGGUCCUCCUCACAGGGUCGCUUCUCUGCUUCCUACUAGCCCUAGAAUGGGGCGUCGGCCAGUCCUGGGAUCAUCCAGACGUGAUCGGAUGUCUGGUCGGGUUCCUCCUACUGGCGGGUCUAUUUCUCGCCAACGAGGUCUACCAAGAUGACCGAGCCAUGGUGCCCCGGGGUUUCUUCCUCCAGAAGACCUUGAGCAUCAGUUUAGCCUUUAUCUUUCUGGCCGCUGGCGCCUUCUUCACCCUCCUCUACUACAUUCCGAUCUACUUCCAGGCGGUGGAAGGCGUCUCAGCCGCCGAAUCAGGGAUCCGUACCCUACCGCUUGUCAUAUCCGCCGGGGUGGUUGCAGUCUUCGGGGCCAUCCUUCUCGGCGUCACCGGCUACCCUGCCCCGUUCAUGGUGGUGGGUGGCAUCCUAAUCUGCGUCGGUGCCGGACUGCUAUACACCUUAGAUCUUGCCGCCCAGUCUCGAUUCUGGAUCCCGUACCAGAUUCUGGCCGGGUUGGGAAUCGGCACCUGUCUACAAGUCCCCAUCAUCUACAACCAGGCGAUUGUUGCACCCGCUGACAUGCCGACCAUGACUGCCACGACGCUUUUCUCCAAGUGCCUGGGAGCAUCCAUCUUCAUGCAGGUCGGGCAGGCGAUCUUCCUGAGCCGGGUCAAGCAGCAAUUCACCUCCAUGCCGGGUAUCGAGCUGAGCUCGGACCAGAUUCUCGCCGCGGGUCUUCUAGUCGGCGGGGAUUCCGGAUCACAGGCGCUGGCACACGUGUCGGGUGCGUAUCUUCUUGGACUAAGAGACGUGUAUAUGCUAGUGGUGGCGAUAUCUGCCCUAGCCACUCUUCUGGCACUGGCCAUGGGCCGGGAUAGAAUGCCGCCGGUGCGUUUGCAGCUAUAG